UACCCGCAUUCAUAGACGAGACAGAGAAACGAAGAAGGAAGGAAGGUGGAGAAAAAAGUGGAAAGAUUGAAGAGCGUCUCUUGUCUCGCCUCACAAACAUUGGCACUUUUCUCUCUCUCCUUUCUUUAUUUCCUUUCCCCCAAAUCAAAGCUUCAAAUUUGGUCAUGUCCUAGAAAUCCCACGUCCAAGCAAUUUCAAUCAAUAGUCAAAUCAUUUCUUAAUUCGAUUCAGAUCAGACUUUUAACGGAAAAUUAACAAGUCCAAGAAAACUUGUAAAAGGAGAUGUCUUGCUCAUCGUCAUCCGGGUCUGAGGAAGAGGAUGAGGGCUUCGAUUCCUACAGAAAAGGAGGCUACCACGCCGUCAGGGUCGGCGAUCAGUUCGCCGGUGGGAGGUACAUAGCACAGAGGAAGCUGGGGUGGGGUCAGUUUUCCACCGUCUGGCUCGCUUACGAUACUCGCAAUUCUACAUAUGUUGCCCUCAAAAUCCAGAAAAGUGCAGCCCAGUUUGCCGAGGCCGCCCUUCAUGAGAUAAAUGUUCUUUCAUCCAUUGCUGAGGGAGACCCUUCAAAUUCAAAGUGUGUCGUCCAAUUGAUUGACAACUUUAAGCAUUCAGGCCCAAAUGGGCAGCACCACUGCAUGGUCCUUGAGUUCCUUGGUGAUAGCUUGCUUCGUCUGAUCAGAUAUAGACGUUACAAAGGCCUUCCAAUGAAUAAAGUUAGAGAAAUUUGUAAAUGCAUUUUGAUUGGUUUGGAUUACUUGCAUAGCGAACUUCGCAUAAUCCACUCAGACCUAAAACCUGAAAAUGUCCUCCUCUUAUCCACCAUUGAUCCUGCCAAAGACCCAGUUAGAUCUGGACAAAGCCCGAUUCUGGAGAGGCCUGAGGGAAGCAUAAAUAUGGGAUUUUCAAGUGUUAUUGAGAAAAAGUUGAAAAGGAGAGCCAGAAGAGCAGUUGCUAAAAUAUCAGGAAGAACUUCUUUAGGAGAAGCUGGAGAGGCUCCAAAAUCUGAUAGAAAUGUUGAUGGAAUUGAUGUGCAAUGCAAGAUAGUUGAUUUUGGAAAUGCGUGCUGGGCAGAUAAGCCAUUUGCAGAGGAAAUCCAGACGAGGCAGUACAGAGCUCCUGAAGUUAUACUGCAGGCUGGGUACUCCUCCUCUGUUGACAUGUGGUCUUUUGCUUGCAUUGCUUUUGAGCUCGCCACAGGUGAUAUGAUGUUUACUCCCAAGCCAGGACAAGGUUUUAGUGAGGAUGAGGACCACCUUGCCCUGAUGAUGGAACUCCUUGGAAAGAUGCCCCGGAAGGUUGCCGUCAGUGGAGCGAAAUCCAAGGAUUACUUUGACAGACAUGGGGAUCUAAAAAGAAUUAGGAGGCUAAAAUUCUGGCCACUUGACAAAUUUUUGAUUGAUAAAUACAAAUUUUCAGAGAGUGAUGCUCGUGAGUUCUCAGAAUUUAUUUCUCCACUUCUGGAUUUUUCCCCAGAGAAGCGGCCAACUGCACAACACUGUUUAGAACACCCAUGGCUUAGUGGUCAAGCCAACUCCAAAUAAUGAGAAAUGAUUCUAGUUUGUGAAAGGUUGAUGGUUGGGGCUUUAUAAAACUAAUGGGAGAAAGCGAAGGGAAGAAAAGUAUUUGACAGAGCCAUAGUUACUGCAUUUUAAGCUCCUCCUUCCACAUAUAAUAACCUGUUAUUGGUUGUGAUUCUUUGUUGAUUUGUUCCGGUUGUUAUUUUUUAUUGGGUUAAUAUACACAAAGAUGUAUAGUAGAGAAUUUUGUUCCUCUAGAGACAAUAUACACAGGAAUUUGCGUGUAUAUUCUUUUUUUAAUUAAUAAAGUUAUUUUGGAUCCAAUGUUAUUGUAUGAUCAAA